AUGCCGCCUCAGGGGAGCAGCCAUGUUCCUCCUCGCCGCCGGCACGUCCCCCCGCCCCGGCUGGGAGGGGUAACGCCUGUGUCGCCGUCCCGCAGGAGGAAGAAAGAAACGGAGGGCUUCGGCGAAGAGUCCAGGGAGCCGACGACUGGUGACAACAUCAGAGAGUUCUUGCUGAGUCUCAGAUAUUUUCGAAUCUUCAUUGCCUUGUGGAACGUCUUCAUGAUGUUCUGCAUGAUUGUGUUAUUUGGAUCUUGAAAGUCAUCCACAAACAUGUCUGUUAACUUGGAAGAGACUUUUGGCUGGAAACAUAACUUUUCUGUAAAGUAAAAGACCAUAAUGCUUUCAAAAUACUGCCCUGGGAUUGUGGCUUGUUCUUCAGUACAAGCUCUAAAAUAUUAAAGGGACAGGACACGUUCAUCCUCUUCAGUCAGUCGUAUAAUUACAUGGCUUAUGCUGGUUUGCUUGCUGCUUGGGGAAGUAAGCCUUUAGGCUCCUGAGCCAAAAUGUUCAAAGUAAAAUCAUUUCAACGUUACUCAAAUAGAGAACUUUAAAUUGUUUUGGUUGGCUUAGAGUAUGGUGCUUAGUAUUCAGUGUAGAAUUGCAGCAUAAUGGAAGACCACAGACUUAAGACUGUGCAGUUUUAGUCAUUCCCAGCUCUUGACGUGUCUGCCAAUGUCAUGAUUGUCUAGGUUACUUGAAAUCUCACUUCUUUAUUCUCAUUUUUAUAAAGUUGAGCAAAGUAUUAUACUGUUUUAAGUUUGAAAACAGCGUCCAUUUUUUCCUCACUGUUACAUUUAGUUUGUUUGAGAAAUACACAAAGAUGAUGAAAAACAUGUGAUUCUCUUUAUUUUUUCCAACAAAAUGCUUUUUAAAUUAAAAUUUCAAAGAUGGUGUUUUUUUCCUAAACAAAACGUAGGAGGAGUUGAAUAGAAAAAUUGCAGAAAUUGUUCUAUAUGCCAACCCUAAGGAACAGUUUUGGAAUCAUUUUGGAUUUGGUUGAAUAUAGAGGUUCUAUUCAUGGGUAAAAAUGUGUUUGAUGUCCGUGUUCAUUCUACUGCAUGAGAAAUCAAUUCAGUAUCAAUGUUUCUGAGAAAUUUUAACUAGUCUGUGUUGCAACUGUGACUGGCUUUUGAUGGUAUUUAUUUAUGUUGUUAGCCUCUUUGACUCAUAACUUUCCCCCAGCAUCACCAAAAUAACUUGACAGAGUGCAGUGCUGGUUAUCUUUUAAAACAAAGUGAAAACUAUUAGUGGAACUUUCUCAGCCUCAAUUUCUUCAGCUAUGUAACUGUUGAGAAGAAAGAGAGGCCUCAAGAUUUUAAACCGAGGCUUGGUUUUAACCAAUACCUUGAAUUUUAUCUGGAUGCAGCCAAGUAGUCAGCACACAGGUGUCAUCUGCUCGCAGCAGUUCACUCCAGUGAUGCAUUUUUGUAUUACCUGAAGUGUUCAAAGUGUUCAUCCGCUCUUUUGGGGAUGCCUCGCAGUCAUGAACAUAGACGAAUAUAUGGAGAAAAGGAUCCUUCAAGAGAGGUUUGUAUUGCACAGAAGCAUUUACAAUCUUCGGCUAAAUUAUAGGAGAUGUCUUGUGUGUAAUUUUUGUAUUUUAUACCUUAACUCUUUUCUAAUGUAUUUUUAAUGAGUAAAAGAGAGUAAUGUGC